AUGUCUCAUCAACAUGGCAAUGGGGGCAUGAUGCCCUCAAUGGACAAUAAUGCCACCAACAUGAACAUGGACACGGCCAUGCACAUGAGCUUCUACUGGGGCAUAAACGCCACAAUCCUCUUCCCAGAUUGGCCUAACCACAACCUGCCCAUGUACAUACUCUCUCUCUUCUUCAUCUUUUCUCUCUCUUUCGGCAUUGAGGCCUUCUCAGUCCUUACCACGGCCAACCUGCCUGGGUGGACGGGCUCAGGCCCGGUCAUGGGCGGGUUGAAACUGGCAGCCGCCUACGCCCUCCGCACCGCUCUUGCGUACAUGGUGAUGAUGUCCGUCAUGUCUUUCAAUGUCGGGAUCUUUAUUACGGCCGCGAUCGGACACACCGUGCGAUUCUUUGUUGUCGGGAUCUUUAUUGCGGCUUCCGCAGCAGACAUCACUCUUAAAGUUUGA